GGGAAUACGUGCAUCAGGAUUGAGAUCUGCAUGGAAAAUCUACACAAAGUAUCUGCUACUACAAGUCCGACUCUGCUCCUCAGCGCCACCGUCUCUCUCUCUCUUUUUUCCUUUCCUCCCUUUCCCUUUUCUGUGCUGUGUCAGAAAGCCCGAGACAGAACUAUCUCUGUUUCUGGCUCCACUGCCAGGGAAGGAGUUUUCAUUCAGACUUUCCGAAGAGAGGUGGAGAAACCUAAAGACUCGGGAGAAGAAGAGGUCCUUUGAGCCAGAUGGACCAUGAGUUCGGCUUCUCUCAGCAUGGCUCAGCCCUUGCUUCAAGGAUUUUCUGAUGUGCCCUAAGACCCAUGUAACUACAAGGGCUCUUUAUCACCAUAAGUGCCACCCUGACACAAAACCACUCAGAACUCAAGAAUCGAGGCAAAAUGGAUGCUGCAGUGACAGAUGAUUUCCAACAAAUUCUGCCUAUUGAACAGCUGCGCUCUACUCAUGCUAGCAAUGAUUAUGUGGACCGUCCUCCAGUUCCCUGUAAACAGGCCCUCUCCAGCCCUUCCCUUAUUGUGCAAACCCACAAAUCUGAUUGGUCCCUGGCUACCAUGCCCACUGCUCUGCCCCGCAGUCUCAGCCAGUGCCAUCAGUUGCAGCCCUUGCCUCAGCAUUUGAGCCAGUCUAGCAUUGCCAGCUCAAUGUCCCAUAGUACCACUGCCUCUGAUCAAAGGCUCUUGGCCAGCAUUACGCCCUCGCCUUCAGGCCAGUCCAUCAUCCGAACCCAGCCUGGAACAGGAGCCCACCCAAAGGCUGAUGGUGCUCUGAAGGGAGAAGCUGAGCAAUCUGCCAUGCACCCCAGUGAGCACCUCUUCAUCUGUGAGGAGUGUGGGCGCUGCAAGUGUGUCCUCUGUACAGCAGCUCGCCCUCUCCCCGCUUGCUGGCUAUGCAACCAGCGUUGCCUUUGCUCUGCUGAGAGCCUCUUAGAUUAUGGCACUUGUCUCUGCUGUGUUAAGGGCCUCUUCUACCACUGUUCCACUGACGAUGAAGACAACUGCGCCGAUGAGCCCUGCUCCUGUGGGCCUGGCUCUUGCCUCGUCCGCUGGGCAGCCAUGAGCCUCAUCUCCCUCUUCUUACCCUGCCUGUGCUGCUACCUGCCUACCCGUGGAUGCCUCCAUCUGUGCCAGCAGGGCUAUGAUAGUCUCAGGCGACCAGGCUGCCGUUGUAAGAGGCACACCAACACUGUGUGCAGAAAAAUCUCUUCUGGUAGUGCACCCUUCCCCAAGGCCCAGGAAAAGUCUGUAUGACCUUCCUACCAAAGGGAUCCGGAGCUUUUUCCUAGCCCCCAUCAGUAAAGCAUAGGCCUCAUCUUUGAAGAAGGGGAGGAGGAGGAAAGUAGCCAAAAUUAGGGCUCACCAGUUUCGUUCCUGCAGUGUCAGGGGAAUGGUCAAGUACAUCCUGGCGCAGGACGCCUUGUUCUUUCUCACAGUAUCUAUCCCGCUCCACUUCAAUCUUUUUAUACCCUACCAUCUCAGCCCUUAUGGCUGUCAUGGCCAAUUCAGGUGAUGUAGAAGCAUGAGAUUUGGACACUGAGGGCUGACAGAGCCAGCAACCUGGAGGUUUAGGGGCUCCCCAACAUGAUACCUCUCGAUGCAGGCUCUGAGCAUCACUCUGCUUUCCACAGUGCCUUUGGAAGCUUUCCUGUUAGAUGGUUUUCACAGGUCCAUGUGGAACAGUGUUCAAUAUUCCAGGGAAUCUGACCCCUUCUCCCUGUUUACUGCCCCUCUUGUUUGUCUUUUCUCUCUCAUUUCCUCCGCUUCUGUUACCUCUGUUUUGUACUCCUUCGAUUUUUCCUCUCUCUCUCUGUUUUUUCCUCUCUCCCUACCUUCUUCUCCUUCCUCCCUUCUCUCUCUGACUAAUCCUUUCUCUGCAGGUAUUUCUAUUGUGUUCCAUCAGAUUUAUGUCUCCUCCUGCCUGUUUCUCUAACACAUCAAGAAGUGCUGUUUUUUCCAUUGGUGUUUCCUUUGACGCCAAACUUUGCUGUUAUACUAUUUACUAAUUUUUAUUAAGUGAAAUUGAUUACUGUAAUGAACUGAUCACUAGCAAUAGUGUGUGUGCACUCAUAACCACACUCACCAGUUUAUGAGCAUAUGAGGCAAACUUAACUUCUAUUUCCAGGUUUAAUGAGUUCAAGUUUAACUCCCUUUCCCAAUAAUCACCUUAGAGUACUGACAGAUUCCUCUAGCAUGCUGAGUAGGAUAGUAAACCAGGAUGCUCAUAACUUUGUAUGUCUGACCCAAGUGACAAAGGCAGACGUGCUUUAUAGCUAAGUGAACAAAGCAAAGGAUAUUACAGAGGUCUGUUCUCUCUUAGAAGCUAACUGCCCUGAGACUGCAUGGCUCAGGCCUUAAUAUUGGACAUAAAAAGUCAUAAAACUUUAGAGCUGGGAGGAAUCUUAACUGUUAAUCUAGUUCAGUGCCCUUAUUUUACAGAUGGAAAAACUGAGGCCUAGAAAUAGUAAGAGAUUUGCCUGAGGUCACACACAGAGUUCAUAGGGUUGGGCCUGGAAUACAGGCCUUCUGGCUCCUGGUUCAAUAUUCUCUACACUGCACUACAUUAAGUCAUGGAAAAUUUCUCCUAAGACUCUGUUAACAAUGACAGAAAGCCAUACCCAUUCAGUCUUCAGGAAUCAUGCCAACCUAGGGUGGUGGUCUUUAUGCGGGGCAUAGUGGGUAGCUAACUCCCUUUCAAGUGUCAAGGCUUCCCCCAGUGGACAUCACCUUUGGCUCUGUCAUCUUAUAGAAGCUCAAGUGUGGAAAAGAAAGCUUAAGGAAGCCCUAACUAAGCUGUAUCUUCGCCAUUGCACCUACCCUUUGCUGCACACACUGUGUUUGCUGUUGGCUUUGUCUGCAAUGGCAGUUGCCUGAGAACCUAAAUUUCAGCAACAGUGGAAAACCGAGAUGAAAGAUGUAUAAUGCAGAGAACUGACUUCUGUAAAAAAAAAAAAUACUAAGAGCCUGUGCUGUGAUUCGCCUUCAAUGGGAAAAGGCUGCAGUGGUGAUGGCAGGCUCCUAAGGACUGCUGUUAAAAGACAAGAAUUAGAUAACAGUUUCCCUCUGUCAGUGAAUCCAAAAUUCACUAAGGAAUUCAAAGAUGAAGGGCACUUGCUUGAAACCAAGGUGCUCCAACUUAGUUUAAGACUUCCAGACUCUCUAUAUCAUCAUCUCUUUUAAAGUGUGCAUGGAUAUGUAUUACAGCGUGGAAAGGUGGGGAGAAAUGUAUAGUCCUACACAGGGGGAAGGAAAAGGGAACACUUUGAUGUCCCCUUCUUGGCUGUAUACUGUAGAAAUACGUGCCACUCAGUCUUUGUUGGUUCUGAAUCUUCCUGAAGUGUACUGACAUUUGAGCUGCAGAGACCCUCACCUUCACUUUCACCUCCUCUUAUAGAAUUGCUUUGCUCUAUUUUUGUAUAUAUAAAUAUGUUAUUGAUGAUUAUUAAUAAUGUUAAUGAUAUUGCUGCAAAUGGUGCCAUAUACAAGGUUUGGCUUCUUGGAACAUUUAUAAACCCAAACCAAUACCUGUAACCUCUUAUGUUGCUUUCAAGUCCUUCCAUUUUAAGUAACUUCUUUUUAUCUUCAAAGUCUGCCUGAUUGACCCUUGAACUUAUCCAUCCCCAGAAGCUGGGCCCAAUUCUCUGGGUCACACUGGAUGUUGAUGAAUAGCAACACACACUUCUCUUUGCUUCUGCCUGAAAUUUGCUUAAAGCUGAGAUAUAUAAGGAUUCUAUGACACUAGUGCUUUGUUCUUGGAGCUAAAGUUAUUCUAUUGAUGUUUGCUUAUUAGUUUCAGGGCCCUACAUAACACAAGUCCCUCCUCCUUGAUAGCUAGCUCCUUGAUAUCUCAAUCCUGCAGUCCUUACUCAGGCAAAUUAUGCACUGCCAGAGGGGCCCUGGGCUCUGCCAUACACCCAGAGGCGCUCUUCUCAGUGUAUUUCUAAAUGGCCUUACACUUGGUAGAAGGAACUGGAGGAUUACUCAAAUGUAGUUGCAAUCUGCAGUCUGCUGAAUUAGGGCUUUCAUUUGCGUCCAAGUUGGCCUGAUAUGGACUGCAUCUGGUUUACGUAUAGAUGGGUCCUGUUGGGGUAUGCACACGGACAUGUGAGUGAGUGUGCAUAUG